CUCAAGGGGAGGAGGAAUCAGAGACACCAAGACAUGAAGAUGAACCUGAAACUUCUUUCUUGCCCUGGAUUCCUUCUGCUGCUUAUUGUCAGUCAAAACCAGGCAAGGGCCAGGCCCAUUUCCAGCUUACAGAAUCUGUUCAAACUGCUCGAUGAGGACCUGGAGCAUCCCCUGGUUUCAGAAGAGAGGGACCAUGAGCAAGAUGACAUGAUCCCAACAGGUGCCUUUGAUCAGCAAGAAGCUGAAUUCCAGUGGACCCGACACCCAAGAGACCAGCCUGAGAGCAUGUCCAUGGGUGAUGGUCCUAUCCAGAGGUUCUUCAGCGACCUAAGUUUACCCCGAAGAUAUCGAGGCAGAAGCAAAAAGGGCCUCUCCAGGGGCUGCUUUGGUGUCAAGCUGGACAGAAUUGGGGCACUGAGUGGACUGGGAUGCUAACUGCUUACUAUGGACUGACUUUGAGGUUUCAAAGGACCUGUUGCCUUUCAGCAGAUACUCAACCCUUAUUCACAUUGGCUCCACCAAUCCAUCCACUAUAUGAUGUACUGAGCAAAUUGUACCCCACCUCUACUCUGAAUUACUUGGCCAACAGAAGGAACCAUUGCUGUACUGCCUGUUUGAGUAUUCAUUUGUGAGCACCUACCUGAAACCUAAUUACAAAAAAAGUCUGUUCUGUUUGUGUAUCAAACAUAUAAAUAAACACUACGUCACAGCUAAUAAAC